ACCCUGCAAGCUGCGUCAGGCCUUAUCCUACUUGUUCCUUUGGUGAACCAGGUUCAUUUAAGCUUGAAAAAAACAAAAAUGGCAUAUCUCUUAAGAAGUGUUGUCACCAUCAUUGAUGUAUUCUACAAAUAUACCAAGCAAGAUGAAGAAUGCGGCACACUGAGCAAGGAUGAGCUAAAGGAACUGCUGGAGAAGGAGUUCCGGCCAAUUCUGAAGAAUCCAGAUGAUCCAGACACAGUAGAUGUCAUCAUGCAUAUGUUGGAUCGAGAUCAUGACCGAAGACUAGACUUUACUGAGUUUAUUCUGAUGAUAUUCAAACUGGCUCUGGCCUGCAACAAGGUUCUUGGGAAAGAAUACUGUAAAGCUUCAGGGUCAAAGAAGCAUAGGCGUGGCCAUCAACACCAAGAGGAAGAAAGUGAAACAGAAGAGGAAGAGGAGACACCAAGACAGAAAUCAGGUUUCAGAUUUUCAAGUUGGAGUGAGGGAGAGGAGCAUGGACAUAGUUCUGGGGGCUCACGGGGACCUGCAAAACAUAGACGUGGGUCCAACUCUAAGAGGUUGGAAAGGCAAGAUGAAUUAUCCAGCUCAGAGGAAUCAAGGAAAAAACACCAUGGGUCUAUCUUUGGUCACUCUUGGAGUAGUAACAAAGAGAAAGAUGGUUCCAGAUCUGAAGAGCUAGGAGAAAAAGGAGACAAGUCAUAUGAUAGCCCCUCUAGAGAAUCUGAGGAAGAGUAUGAGUCUGGAUAUAGGUUAAACCACCAGGGAAGGGAAGGUCAUAGUGGAUUGUCAUGUGGAUUGGAGAAGAACAAAUAUGAGUUAAAUUACAUUCAAUUAAGAAAGGGUGGAGAACAAAAGCUUGGGUAUAAUACUUCAAGUUCAGGAAACAGUAAGAUACAAAGCCAUGUAUAUGGUUUUAGCAAUUCUAGUGGAUGUUGCAGACCAAAAAAUGCUUCAAGUUCUUGUCAGGCAAGUAGAUCACAGGGACAAGGAAAUCAGUCUUGCCGUACCCAGUCAAACUGUCAAUCAGGAACUAGUGGAGGACAAGGAUAUGGGUGUGUCUCAGAAGGUCAGUCCUCUAGAUGUUGUCAACCUAAACCUAGAUCCUGUAGCCAGUCUUCUAGUCAGAGAGGGUAUGGAUCUAAACAAUGUGGUCAACCACAGAACUGUGGAAGACAACAAAGAAUGGGUUCAAGUCACUCUUCUUGCUGUGGACCAUAUGGGUCUGGAGCAACUCAAUCUUCUGGUUGUGGCCAACAGAGAAUGAGUUCCUGUGGACAUUCUUCAAGCUCUCAUCAAAAGGGGUGUAGUUCAAAUGGAUUUUCCAAAGGUGAUCAGCGUGCAUCUGGUUCGGGGCACUCAUCCUGCUGUGAACAACAUGGAACAAACUCAAGUCAGUCCUCUGGCUUUAAACAACAUGGACAUGAAUCAGGUCAGUCUUGCUGUGGCCAACAUGGUACUGCAUCAAGUCAAUCCUCAGGUUAUAGUCAACAUAGGGUUGGCUCAGGGCAGUCAUGUCACUAUGGGCAGCAUGGGUCCAGUUCUGGUCAGUCAUCUAGCUCUGGGCGUCAUGGAUCUGGCUCAGGUCAGUCAUCUAGCUCUAGGCAUAACAGGUCAGGCUCAAGUCAGUCAUCUGGCCUUGAGGAGCAUGGGUCCAGUUCUCAUCAGUCACAUAGUUCUGGGCAUCAUGGAUCUGGAUCACGUCAGUCAUCUGGGUCUGAGCAGCAUGGUGCUGUCUCAGGUCAGUCAUCUGGCUCUGGGAAGCAUGAGACUGGACCCAGUCAGUCAUCUAGUUCUGGGCAUCAUGGUUCUGGCUCUCAGCAGCAUGGGGGUGGCUCAGGCCAGUCAACUGGCUUUGGGGAGCAUGAGUCGAGUUCUGGGCACUCAUCUAGCUCUGGCCAACACAGGUCAGGCUCCCGUCACUCAUCUGGCUCUGGGAAGCAUGAGUCUGGACGCAGUCAGUCAUCUGGUUCUGGGCAUCAUGGUUCUGGCUCUCAGCAGCAUGGGGGAGGUUCAGGAAACUCAACUGGCUUUGGGGAGCAUGGAUCCAGUUCUCAUCCACUGCCUAGUUCUGGUCAAAAUGAAUCUAGCUCAGGUCAGUCUUCCAGGUCUGAGCGGCAUGGGACAGGCUCAGGUCAGUCAUCUGGCUUUGGGCAACAUGGGUCAGGUUCUCAUCAGUCAUCUAGCUCUGGGCAUAAUGAAUAUGGCUCAGGUCAAACAUCUAGCUCUUGGCCGCAUGGGAAAGGCUCAGGUCAGGAAUCUGGCUAUGGAGAGCAGGAAUCUGGACAUGGUCAGUCUUCUAGCUCAUGGCAACAUGGGACUGGCCCAGGUCAGUCAUCAAGCAGUGAAGAGGAGGAAUCUAGACCUGGUCAGUCUUCUAGCUCAUGGCAACAUGGGAAAGGCUCAGGUCAGGAAUCUGGCUAUGGAGAGCAGGAAGCUGGACAUGGUCAGUCUUCUAGCUCAUGGCAGCAUGGAACUGGUGCUGGCAACCAGUCAUCUGGCUAUGGAGAGCACAAGUCUGGACCAAGUCAUUCAUCUAGAUCUUGGCACCAUGGGACAGGCUCAGGUCAGUCAUUGGGAUUUGGACAGCAUGGGAAGGGAUCUCAUCAGUCAGAAAGUUCUGGACAUUAUGAAUCUGUCUCAGAACCAUCCUCUAGUUCAUGGCAGCAUGGGAAUGGGUCAGGUGAGUCUUAUGGAUACGGAGAGCAUGAAUCUGGACAUGGUCAGUCAUCAAGUGCUUGGAAUCAUGGAAAUGAAUCAGGUCAGUCUAAUGGCUUUGGGGAGAAUGAAUCAGGACCAGAUCAGGAGGGAUAUCAACAGAGAGAGUCUUUUCAUGGCCAACAUAGACAUCCGCUAUCCCAACAUGAACAACACUCACAGUUUGGAUAUGGUAGAUCUCCAAGAUCACCAGUACACCCUGAGUCCAGUGAGGGUGAGGAACACUCAGUAGUCCCACGGAGAUAUUCUGGAUAUGGUCACGGUCAGGGUCAGGCAGGACAUCAACAGAGAGAGUCAGGGUAUGGCCAACGGGGCAGACCUCAAGGGCCCUCUCAGGACAGCAGUAGACAGCCUCAGGCCGGUCAUGGACAGCCCUCACAGUCUGGCUAUGGCAGAUCUCCAAGGAGAUCACAAGUCCACCCUGAGUACAGCGAGGGUGAGGCACACUCAGAAGUCUCACAGAGACAUUCUGGAUCCAGUCACUGUCACAGUCAGGGUCAGGGUCAGGCAAGACAUCAACAGAGAGAGUCUGUGCAUGGCCAACGGGGCAGACCUCAAGGGCCCUCUCAGGACAGCAGUAGACAGCCUCAGGCCGGCCAGGGACAGCCCUCACAGUCUGGCUCUGGCAGAUCUCCAAGGAGAUCACCAGUCCACCCUGAGUCCAGUGAGGGUGAGGAACACUCAGUAGUCCCACAGAGACAUUCUGGAUCCGGUCACGGUCACGGUCAGGGUCAGGGUCAGGCAGGACACCAACAGAGAGAGUCUGUGCAUGGCCAACGGGGCAGACCUCAAGGGCCCUCUCAGGACAGCAGUAGACAGCCUCAGGCCGGCCAGCGACAGCCCUCACAAUCUGGCUCUGGCAGAUCUCCAAGGAGAUCACCAGUCCACCCUGAGUCCAGUGAGGGUGAGGAACACUCAGUAGUCCCACAGAGACAUUCUGGAUCCGGUCACGGUCACGAUCAGGGUCAGGGUCAGGCAGGACACCAACAAAGAGAGUCUGUGCAUGGCCAACGGGGCAGACCUCAAGGGCCCUCUCAGGACAGCAGUAGACAGCCUCAGGCUGGACAGGGACAGCCCUCACAGUCUGGCUCUGGCAGAUCUCCAAGGAGAUCACCAGUCCACCCUGAGUCCAGUGAGGGUGAGGAACACUCAGUAGUCCCACAGAGACAUUCUGGAUCCGGUCACGGUCACGGUCAGGGUCAGGGUCAGGCACGACACCAACAGAGAGAGUCUGUGCAUGGACAACGGGGUAGACCUCAAGGGCCCUCUCAGGACAGCAGUAGACAGCCUCAGGCCAGCCAGGGACAGCCCUCACAGUCUGGCUCUGGCAGAUCUCCAAGGAGAUCACCAGUCCACCCUGAGUCCAGUGAGGGUGAGGAACACUCAGUAGUCCCAGAGAGACAUUCUGGAUCCGGUCACGGUCACGGUCACGGUCAGGGUCAGGGUCAGGCAGGACACCAACAGAGAGAGUCUGUGCAUGGCCAACGGGGCAGACCUCAAGGGCCCUCUCAGGACAGCAGUAGACAGCCUCAGGCCGGCCAGGGACAGCCCUCACAGUCUGGCUCUGGCAGAUCUCCAAGGAGAUCACCAGUCCACCCUGAGUCCAGUGAGGGUGAGGAACACUCAGUAGUCCCACAGAGACAUUCUGGAUCCGGUCACGGUCACGGUCAGGGUCAGGGUCAGGCAGGACAUCAACAGAGAGAGUCUGUGCAUGGCCAACGGGGCAGACCACAAGGGCCCUCUCAGGACAGCAGUAGACAGCCUCAGGCCGGCCAGGGACAGCCCUCACAGUCUGGCUCUGGCAGAUCUCCAAGGAGAUCACCAGUCCACCCUGAGUCCAGUGAGGGUGAGGAACACUCAGUAGUCCCACAGAGACAUUCUGGAUCCGGUCACGGUCACGGUCAGGGUCAGGGUCAGGCAGGACACCAACAGAGAGAGUCUGUGCAUGGCCAACGGGGCAGACCUCAAGGGCCCUCUCAGGACAGCAGUAGACAGCCUCAGGCCGGCCAGCGACAGCCCUCACAAUCUGGCUCUGGCAGAUCUCCAAGGAGAUCACCAGUCCACCCUGAGUCCAGUGAGGGUGAGGAACACUCAGUAGUCCCACAGAGACAUUCUGGAUCCGGUCACGGUCACGAUCAGGGUCAGGGUCAGGCAGGACACCAACAAAGAGAGUCUGUGCAUGGCCAACGGGGCAGACCUCAAGGGCCCUCUCAGGACAGCAGUAGACAGCCUCAGGCUGGACAGGGACAGCCCUCACAGUCUGGCUCUGGCAGAUCUCCAAGGAGAUCACCAGUCCACCCUGAGUCCAGUGAGGGUGAGGAACACUCAGUAGUCCCACAGAGACAUUCUGGAUCCGGUCACGGUCACGGUCAGGGUCAGGGUCAGGCAGGACACCAACAGAGAGAGUCUGUGCAUGGACAACGGGGUAGACCUCAAGGGCCCUCUCAGGACAGCAGUAGACAGCCUCAGGCCAGCCAGGGACAGCCCUCACAGUCUGGCUCUGGCAGUUCUCCAAGGAGAUCACCAGUCCACCCUGAGUCCAGUGAGGGUGAGGAACACUCAGUAGUCCCACAGAGACAUUCUGGAUCCGGUCACGGUCAGGGUCAGGGUCAGGCAGGACAUCAACAGAGAGAGUCUGUGCAUGGCCAACGGGGCAGACCUCAAGGGACCUCUCAGGACAGCAGUAGACAGCCUCAGGCCGGCCAGGGACAGCCCUCACAGUCUGGCUCUGGCAGAUCUUCAAGGAGAUCACCAGUCCACCCUGAGUCCAGUGAGGGUGAGGAACACUCAGUAGUCCCACAGAGACAUUCUGGAUCCGGUCACGGUCACGGUCAGGGUCAGGGUCAGGCAGGACACCAACAGAGAGAGUCUGUGCAUGGCCAACGGGGCAGACCUCAAGGGCCCUCUCAGGACAGCAGUAGACAGCCUCAGGCCAGCCAGGGACAGCCCUCACAGUCUGGAUCUGGCAGAUCUCCAAGGAGAUCACCAGUCCACCAUGAGUCCAGUGAGGGUGAGGAACACUCAGUAGUCCCACAGAGACAUUCUGGAUCCGGUCACGGUCAGGGUCAGGGUCAGGCAGGACAUCAACAGAGAGAGUCUGUGCAUGGCCAACGGGGCAGACCUCAAGGGCCCUCUCAGGACAGCAGUAGACAGCCUCAGGCCAGCCAGGGACAUCCCUCACAGUCUGGCUCGGGCAGAUCUCCAAGGAGAUCACGGGUCCACCCUGAGUCCAGUGAGGGUGAGGAACACUCAGUAGUCCCACAGAGACAUUCUGGAUCCGGUCACGGUCACGGUCAGGGUCAGCGUCAGGUAGGACACCAACAGAGAGAGUCUGUGCAUGGCCAACGGGGCAGACCUCAAGGGCCCUCUCAGGACAGCAGUAGACAGCCUCAGGCCAGCCAGGGACAGCCCUCACAGUCUGGCUCUGGCAGAUCUCCAAGGAGAUCACCAGUCCACCCUGAGUCCAGUGAGGGUGAGGAACACUCAGUAGUCCCAGAGAGACAUUCUGGAUCCGGUCACGGUCACGGUCACGGUCAGGGUCAGGGUCAGGCAGGACACCAACAGAGAGAGUCUGUGCAUGGCCAACGGGGCAGACCUCAAGGGCCCUCUCAGGACAGCAGUAGACAGCCUCAGGCCGGCCAGGGACAGCCCUCACAGUCUGGCUCUGGCAGAUCUCCAAGGAGAUCACCAGUCCACCCUGAGUCCAGUGAGGGUGAGGAACACUCAGUAGUCCCACAGAGACAUUCUGGAUCCGGUCACGGUCACGGUCAGGGUCAGGGUCAGGCAGGACAUCAACAGAGAGAGUCUGUGCAUGGCCAACGGGGCAGACCACAAGGGCCCUCUCAGGACAGCAGUAGACAGCCUCAGGCCGGCCAGGGACAGCCCUCACAGUCUGGCUCUGGCAGAUCUCCAAGGAGAUCACCAGUCCACCCUGAGUCCAGUGAGGGUGAGGAACACUCAGUAGUCCCACAGAGACAUUCUGGAUCCGGUCACGGUCACGGUCAGGGUCAGGGUCAGGCAGGACAUCAACAGAGAGAGUCUGUGCAUGGCCAACGGGGCAGACCUCAAGGGCCCUCUCAGGACAGCAGUAGACAGCCUCAGGCCGGCCAGGGACAGCCCUCACAGUCUGGCUCUGGCAGAUCUCCAAGGAGAUCACCAGUCCACCCUGAGUCCAGUGAGGGUGAGGAACACUCAGUAGUACCACAGAGACAUUCUGGAUCCGGUCAUGGUCACGGUCAGGGUCAGGGUCAGGGUCAGGCAGGACAUCAACAGAGAGAGUCUGUGCAUGGCCAACGGGGCAGACCUCAAGGGCCCUCUCAGGACAGCAGUAGACAGCCUCAGGCUGGCCAGGGACAGCCCUCACAGUCUGGCUCUGGCAGAUCUCCAAGGAGAUCACCAGUCCACCCUGAGUCCAGUGAGGGUGAGGAACACUCAGUAGUCCCACAGAGACAUUCUGGAUCCGGUCACGGUCACGGUCAGGGUCAGGGUCAGGCAGGACACCAACAGAGAGAGUCUGUGCAUGGCCAACGGGGCAGACCUCAAGGGCCCUCUCAGGACAGCAGUAGACAGCCUCAGGCCGGCCAGGGACAGCCCUCACAGUCUGGCUCUGGCAGAUCUCCAAGGAGAUCACCAGUCCACCCUGAGUCCAGUGAGGGUGAGGAACACUCAAUAGUCCCACAGAGACAUUCUGGAUCCGGUCACGGUCACGGUCAGGGUCAGGGUCAGGCAGGACACCAACAGAGAGAGUCUGUUCAUGGCCAACGGGGCAGACCUCAAGGGCCCUCUCAGGACAGCAGUAGACAGCCUCAGGCCGGCCAGGGACAGCCCUCACAGUCAGGCUCUGGCAGAUCUCCAAGGAGAUCACCAGUCCACCCUGAGUCCAGUGAGGGUGAGGAACACUCAGUAGUCCCACAGAGACAUUCUGGAUCCGGUCACGGUCACGGUCAGGGUCAGGGUCAGGCAGGACACCAACAGAGAGAGUCUGUGCAUGGCCAACGGGGCAGACCUCAAGGGCCCUCUCAGGACAGCAGUAGACAGCCUCAGGCCGGCCAGGGACAGCCCUCACAGUCUGGCUCUGGCAGAUCUCCAAGGAGAUCACCAGUCCACCCUGAGUCCAGUGAGGGUGAGGAACACUCAGUAGUCCCACAGAGACAUUCUGGAUCCGGUCACGGUCACGGUCAGGGUCAGGGUCAGGCAGGACACCAACAGAGAGAGUCUGUGCAUGGCCAACGGGGCAGACCUCAAGGGCCCUCUCAGGACAGCAGUAGACAGCCUCAGGCCGGCCAGGGACAGCCCUCACAGUCUGGCUCUGGCAGAUCUCCAAGGAGAUCACCAGUCCACCCUGAGUCCAGUGAGGGUGAGGAACACUCAAUAGUCCCACAGAGACAUUCUGGAUCCGGUCACGGUCACGGUCAGGGUCAGGGUCAGGCAGGACACCAACAGAGAGAGUCUGUUCAUGGCCAACGGGGCAGACCUCAAGGGCCCUCUCAGGACAGCAGUAGACAGCCUCAGGCCGGCCAGGGACAGCCCUCACAGUCAGGCUCUGGCAGAUCUCCAAGGAGAUCACCAGUCCACCCUGAGUCCAGUGAGGGUGAGGAACACUCAGUAGUCCCACAGAGACAUUCUGGAUCCGGUCACGGUCACGGUCAGGGUCAGGGUCAGGCAGGACACCAACAGAGAGAGUCUGUGCAUGGCCAACGGGGCAGACCUCAAGGGCCCUCUCAGGACAGCAGUAGACAGCCUCAGGCCGGCCAGGGACAGCCCUCACAGUCUGGCUCUGGCAGAUCUCCAAGGAGAUCACCAGUCCACCCUGAGUCCAGUGAGGGUGAGGAACACUCAGUAGUCCCACAGAGACAUUCUGGAUCCGGUCACGGUCACGGUGAGGGUCAGGGUCAGGCAGGACAUCAACAGAGAGAGUCUGUGCAUGGCCAACGGGGCAGACCACAAGGGCCCUCUCAGGACAGCAGUAGACAGCCUCAGGCCGGCCAGGGACAGCCCUCACAGUCUGGCUCUGGCAGAUCUCCAAGGAGAUCACCAGUCCACCCUGAGUCCAGUGAGGGUGAGGAACACUCAGUAGUCCCACAGAGACAUUCUGGAUCCGGUCACGGUCACGGUCAGGGUCAGGGUCAGGCAGGACAUCAACAGAGAGAGUCUGUGCAUGGCCAACGGGGCAGACCUCAAGGGCCCUCUCAGGACAGCAGUAGACAGCCUCAGGCCGGCCAGGGACAGCCCUCACAGUCUGGCUCUGGCAGAUCUCCAAGGAGAUCACCAGUCCACCCUGAGUCCAGUGAGGGUGAGGAACACUCAGUAGUACCACAGAGACAUUCUGGAUCCGGUCAUGGUCACGGUCAGGGUCAGGGUCAGGGUCAGGCAGGACAUCAACAGAGAGAGUCUGUGCAUGGCCAACGGGGCAGACCUCAAGGGCCCUCUCAGGACAGCAGUAGACAGCCUCAGGCUGGCCAGGGACAGCCCUCACAGUCUGGCUCUGGCAGAUCUCCAAGGAGAUCACCAGUCCACCCUGAGUCCAGUGAGGGUGAGGAACACUCAGUAGUCCCACAGAGACAUUCUGGAUCCGGUCAAGGUCACGGUCAGGGUCAGGGUCAGGCAGGACACCAACAGAGAGAGUCUGUGCAUGGCCAACGGGGCAGACCUCAAGGGCCCUCUCAGGACAGCAGUAGACAGCCUCAGGCCGGCCAGGGACAGCCCUCACAGUCUGGCUCUGGCAGAUCUCCAAGGAGAUCACCAGUCUACCCUGAGUCCAGUGAGGGUGAGGAACACUCAAUAGUCCCACAGAGACAUUCUGGAUCCGGUCACGGUCACGGUCAGGGUCAGGGUCAGGCAGGACACCAACAGAGAGAGUCUGUUCAUGGCCAACGGGGCAGACCUCAAGGGCCCUCUCAGGACAGCAGUAGACAGCCUCAGGCCGGCCAGGGACAGCCCUCACAGUCAGGCUCUGGCAGAUCUCCAAGGAGAUCACCAGUCCACCCUGAGUCCAGUGAGGGUGAGGAACACUCAGUAGUCCCACAGAGACAUUCUGGAUCCGGUCACGGUCACGGUCAGGGUCAGGGUCAGGCAGGACACCAACAGAGAGAGUCUGUGCAUGGCCAACGGGGCAGACCUCAAGGGCCCUCUCAGGACAGCAGUAGACAGCCUCAGGCCAGCCAGGGACAGCCCUCACAGUCUGGCUCUGGCAGAUCUCCAAGGAGAUCACCAGUCCACCCUGAGUCCAGUGAGGGUGAGGAACACUCAGUAGUCCCACAGAGACAUUCUGGAUCCGGUCACGGUCACGGUCAAGGUCAGGGUCAGGCAGGACAUCAACAGAGAGAGUCUGUGCAUGGCCAACGGGGCAGACCUCAAGGGCCCUCUCAGGACAGCAGUAGACAGCCUCAGGCCGGCCAGGGACAGCCCUCACAGUCAGGCUCUGGCAGAUCUCCAAGGAGAUCACCAGUCCACCCUGAGUCCAGUGAGGGUGAGGAACACUCAGUAGUCCCACAGAGACAUUCUGGAUCCGGUCACGGUCACGGUCAGGGUCAGGGUCAGGCAGGACACCAACAGAGAGAGUCUGUGCAUGGCCAACGGGGCAGACCUCAAGGGCCCUCUCAGGACAGCAGUAGACAGCCUCAGGCCAGCCAGGGACAGCCCUCACAGUCUGGCUCUGGCAGAUCUCCAAGGAGAUCACCAGUCCACCCUGAGUCCAGUGAGGGUGAGGAACACUCAGUAGUCCCACAGAGACAUUCUGGAUCCGGUCACGGUCACGGUCAAGGUCAGGGUCAGGCAGGACAUCAACAGAGAGAGUCUGUGCAUGGCCAACGGGGCAGACCUCAAGGGCCGUCUCAGGACAGCAGUAGACAGCCUCAGGCCGGCCAGGGACAGCCCUCACAGUCUGGCUCUGGCAGAUCUCCAAGGAGAUCACCAGUCCACCCUGAGUCCAGUGAGGGUGAGGAACACUCAGUAGUCCCACAGAGACAUUCUGGAUCCGGUCACGGUCACGGUGAGGGUCAGGGUCAGGCAGGACAUCAACAGAGAGAGUCUGUGCAUGGCCAACGGGGCAGACCUCAAGGGCCCUCUCAGGACAGCAGUAGACAGCCUCAGGCCGGCCAGGGACAGCCCUCACAGUCUGGCUCUGGCAGAUCUCCAAGGAGAUCACAAGUAAACCCUGAGUCCAGUGAGGGUGAGGAACACUCAGUAGUCCCACAGAGACAUUCAGGAUCCGGUCACGGUCACGGUCAGGGUCAGGGUCAGGCAGGACAUCAACAGAGAGAGUCUGUGCAUGGCCAACGGGGCAGACCUCAAGGGCCCUCUCAGGACAGCAGUAGACAGCCUCAGGCCGGCCAGGGACAGCCCUCACAGUCUGGCUCUGGCAGAUCUCCAAGGAGAUCACCAGUCCACCCUGAGUCCAGUGAGGGUGAGGAACACUCAGUAGACCCACAGAGACAUUCUGGAUCCGGUCAAGGUCACGGUUACGGUCAGGGUCAGGCAGGACACCAACAGAGAGAGUCUGUGCAUGGCCAACGGGGCAGACCUCAAGGGCCCUCUCAGGACAGCAGUAGACAGCCUCAGGCCGGCCAGGGACAGCCCUCACAGUCUGGCUCUGGCAGAUCUCCAAAAAGAUCACCAGUCUACCCUGAGUCCAGUGAGGGUGAGGAACACUCAGUAGUCCCACAGAGACAUUCUGGAUCCGGUCACGGUCACGGUCAGGGUCAGGGUCAGGCAGGACACCAACAGAGAGAGUCUGUUCAUGGCCAACGGGGCAGACCUCAAGGGCCCUCUCAGGACAGCAGUAGACAGCCUCAGGCCGGCCAGGGACAGCCCUCACAGUCUAGCUCUGGCAGAUCUCCAAGGAGAUCACCAGUCCACCCUGAGUCCAGUGAGGGUGAAGAACACUCAGUAGUCCCACAGAGACAUUCUGGAUCCGGUCACGGUCACGGUCAGGGUCAGGGUCAGGGUCAGGGUCAGGCAGGACACCAACAGAGAGAGUCUGUGCAUGGCCAACGGGGCAGACCUCAAGGGCCCUCUCAGUACAACAGUAGACAGCCUCAGGCCGGCCAGGGACAGCCCUUACAGUCUGGCUCUGGCAGAUCUCCAAGGAGAUCACCAGUCCACCCUGAGUCCAGUGAGGGUGAGGAACACUCAGUAGUCCCACAGAGACAUUCUGGAUCCGGUCACGGUCACGGUCAGGGUCAGGGUCAGGCAGGACAUCAACAGAGAGAGUCUGUGCAUGGCCAACGGGGCAGACCUCAAGGGCCCUCUCAGGACAGCAGUAGACAGCCUCAGGCCAGCCAGGGACAGCCCUCACAGUCUGGCUCUGGCAGAUCUCCAAGGAGAUCACCAGUCCACCCUGAGUCCAGUGAGGGUGAGGAACACUCAGUAGUCCCACAGAGACAUUCUGGAUCCGGUCACGGUCACGGUCAGGGUCAGGGUCAGGCAGGACAUCAACAGAGAGAGUCUGUGCAUGGCCAACGGGGCAGACCUCAAGGGCCCUCUCAGGACAGCAGUAGACAGCCUCAGGCCGGCCAGGGACAGCCCUCACAGUCUGGCUCUGGCAGAUCUCCAAGGAGAUCACCAGUCCACCCUGAGUCCAGUGAGGGUGAAGAACACUCAGUAGUCCCACAGAGACAUUCUGGAUCCGGUCACGGUCACGGUCAGGGUCAGGGUCAGGGUCAGGCAGGACAUCCACAGCGAGAGUCUGUGCAUGGCCAACGGAGCAGACCUCAAGGGCCCUUUCAGGACAGCAGUAGACAGCCUCAGGCCGGCCAGGGACAGCCCUCACAGUCUGGCUCUGGCAGAUCUCCAAGGAGAUCACCAGUCCACCCUGAGUCCAGUGAGGGUGAGGAACACUCAGUAGUCCCACAGAGACAUUCUGGAUCCGGUCACGGUCACGGUCAGGGUCAGGGUCAGGCAGAACACCAACAGAGAGAGUCUGUGCAUGGCCAACAGGGCAGACCUCAAGGGCCCUCUCAGGACAGCAGUAGACAGCCUCAGGCCGGCCAGGGACAGCCCUCACAGUCUGGCUCUGGCAGAUCUCCAAGGAGAUCACCAGUCCACCCUGAGUCCAGUGAGGGUGAGGAACACUCAGUAGUCCCACAGAGACAUUCUGGAUCCGGUCACGGUCACGGUCAGGGUCAGGGUCAGGGUCAGGCAGGACAUCAACAGAGAGAGUCUGUGCAUGGCCAACGGAGCAGACCUCAAGGGCCCUUUCAGGACAGCAGUAGACAGCCUCAGGCCGGCCAGGGACAGCCCUCACAGUCUAGCUCUGGCAGAUCUCCAAGGAGAUCACCAGUCCACCCUGAGUCCAGUGAGGGUGAGGAACACUCAGUAGUCCCACAGAGACAUUCUGGAUCCGGUCACGGUCACGGUCAGGGUCAGGGUCAGGCAGGACAUCAACAGGGAGAGUCUGUGCAUGGCCAACAGGGCAGACCUCAAGGGCCCUCUCAGGACAGCAGUAGACAGCCUAAGGCCGGCCAGGGACAGCCCUCACAGUCUGGCUCUGGCAGAUCUCCAAGGAGAUCACCAGUCCACCCUGAGUCCAGUGAGGGUGAGGAACACUCAGUAGUCCCACAGAGACAUUCUGGAUCCGGUCACGGUCACGGUCAGGGUCAGCGUCAGGCAGGACACCAACAGAGAGAGUCUGUGCAUGGCCAACAGGGCAGACCUCAAGGGCUCUCUCAGGACAGUAGUAGACAGCCUCAGGCCGGCCAGGGACAGCCCUCACAGUCUGGCUCUGGCAGAUCUCCAAGGAGAUCACCAGUCCACCCUGAGUCCAGUGAGGGUGAGGAACACUCAGUAGUCCCACAGAGACAUUCUGGAUCCGGUCAUGGUCACGGUCACGGUCAGGGUCAGUGUCAGGCAGGACACCAACAGAGAGAGUCUGUGCAUGGCCAACGGGGCAGACCUCAAGGGCCCUCUCAGGACAGCAGUAGACAGCCUCAGGCCGGCCAGGGACAGCCCUCACAGUCUGGCUCUGGCAGAUCUCCAAGGAGAUCACCAGUCCACCCUGAGUCCAGUGAGGGUGAGGAACACUCAGUAGUCCCACAGAGACAUUCUGGAUCCGGUCACGGUCAGGGUCAGGGUCAGGCAGGACAUCAACAGAGAGAGUCUGUGCAUGGCCAACCAGUCAGACCAGAAGUGCCCACUCAGGACAGCAGUAGACAACCUCAGGCCGACCAGGGACAGCCCUCACAGUCUGGCUCUGGUAGAUCUCAAAGGAGAUCACCAGUCCACCCUGAGUCCAGUGAGGGUGAGGAACACUCAGUAGUUCCACAGAGAAAUUCUGAAUCCUGUCACUGUCACUGUCAUGAUCAGGCAGGACAUCAACAGAGAGAGUCUGUGCAUGGCCAACGGGGCAGACCUGAAGGGCCCUCUCAGGACAGCAGUAGACAUCCUCAGGCUGGCCAGGGACAGCCCUCACAGUCUGGCUCUGGCAGAUCUCCAAGGAGCUCACCAGUCCACCCUGAGUCCAGUGAGGGUGAGGAACACUCAGUAGUCCCACAGAGACAUUCUGGAUCCGGUCACGGUCACGGUCAGGGUCAGGGUCAGGCAGGACACCAACAGAGAGAGUCUGUGCAUGGCCAACGGGGCAGACCUCAAGGACCCACUCAGGACAGCAGUAGAAAGCCUCAGGCCGGCCAGGGACAGCCCUCACAGUCUGGCUCUGGCAGAUCUCCAAGGAGAUCACCAGUCCACCCUGAGUCCAGUGAGGGUGAGGAACACUCAGUAGUCCCACAGAGACAUUCUGGAUCCGGUCACGGUCACGGUCACGGUCAGGGUCAGGGUCAGGCAGGACACCAACAGAGAGAGUCUGUGCAUGGCCAACGGGGCAGACCUCAAGGGCCCUCUCAGGACAGCAGUAGACAGCCUCAGGCCGGCCAGGGACAGCCCUCACAGUCUGGCUCUGGUAGAUCUCCAGGGAGAUCACCAGUCCACCCUGAGUCCAGUGAGGGUGAGGAACACUCAGUAGUCCCACAGAGACAUUCUGGAUCCGGUCACGGUUACGGUCAGGGUCAGGCAGGACACCAACAGAGAGAGUCUGUGCAUGGCCAACGGGGCAGACCUCAAGGGCCCUCUCAGGACAGCAGUAGACAGCCUCAGGCCGGCCAGGGACAGCCCUCACAGUCUGGCUCUGGCAGAUCUCCAAGGAGAUCACCAGUCCACCCUGAGUCCAGUGAGGAUGAGGAACACUCAGUAAUCCCACAGAGACAUUCUGGAUCCGGUCACAGUCACGGUCAGGGUCAGGUUCAUGCAGAACAUCAACAGAGAGAGUCUGUGCAUGGCCAACGGGGCAGACCUCAAGGGCCCUCUCAGGACAGCAGUAGACAGCCUCAGGCCGGCCAGGGACAGCCCUCACAGUCUGGCUCUCGCAGAUCUCCUAGGAGAUCACCAGUCCACCCUGAGUCCAGUGAGGGUGAGGAACACUCAGUAGUCCCACAGAGACAUUCUGGAUCCAGUCACGGUCACGGUCAGGGUCAGGGUCAGGCAGGACACCAACAGAGAGAGUCUGUGCAUGGCCAACGGGGCAGACCUCAAGGGCCCUCUCAGGACAGCAGUAGACAGCCUCAGGCCGGCCAGGGACAGCCCUCACAGUCUGGCUCUGGUAGAUCUCCAGGGAGAUCACCAGUCCACCCUGAGUCCAGUGAGGGUGAGGAACACUCAGUAGUCCCACAGAGACAUUCUGGAUCCGGUCACGGUUACGGUCAGGGUCAGGCAGGACACCAACAGAGAGAGUCUGUGCAUGGCCAACGGGGCAGACCUCAAGGGCCCUCUCAGGACAGCAGUAGACAGCCUCAGGCCGGCCAGGGACAGCCCUCACAGUCUGGCUCUGGCAGAUCUCCAAGGAGAUCACCAGUCCACCCUGAGUCCAGUGAGGGUGAGGAACACUCAGUAGUCCCACAGAGACAUUCUGGAUCCGGUCACGGUCACGGUCAGGGUCAGGGUCAGGCAGGACAUCAACAGAGAGAGUCUGUGCAUGGCCAACCGGUCAGACCUCAAGGGCCCUCUCAGGACAGCAGUAGUCAGCCUCAGGCCAGCCAGGGACAGCCCUCACAGUCUGGCUCUGGCAGAUCUCCAAAGAGAUCACCAGUCUACCCUGAGUCCAGUGAGGGUGUGGAACACUCAGUAGUCCCACAGAGACAUUCUGAAUCCUGUCACUGUCCUUGUCAUGAUCAGGCAGGACAUCAACAGAGAGAGUCUGUGCAUGGCCAACGGGGCAGACCUCAAGGGCCCUCUCUGGACAGCAGUAGACAGCCUCAGGCCGGCCAGGGACAGCCCUCACAGUCUGGCUCUGGCAGAUCGCCAAGGAGAUCACCAGUCCACCCUGAGUCCAGUGAGGGUGAGGAACACUCAGUAGUCCCACAGAGACAUUCUGGAUCCGGUCAUGGUCACGGUCACGGUCAGGGUCAGGGUCAGGCAGGACACCAACAGAGAGAGUCUGUGCAUGGCCAACGGGGCAGACCUCAAGGGCCCUCUCAGGACAGCAGUAGACAGCCUCAGGCCGGCCAGGGACAGCCCUCACAGUCUAGCUCUGGCAGAUCUCCAAGGAGAUCACCAGUCCACCCUGAGUCCAGUGAGGGUGAGGAACACUCAGUAGUCCCACAGAGACAUUCUGGAUCCGGUCAUGGUCACGGUCACGGUCAGGGUCAGGGUCAGGCAGGACACCAACAGAGAGAGUCUGUGCAUGUCCAACGGGGCAGACCUCAAGGGCCCUCUCAGGACAGCAGUAGACAGCCUCAGGCCGGCCAGGGACAGCCCUCACAGUCUGGCUCUGGCAGAUCUCCAAGGAGAUCACCAGUCCACCCUGAGUCCAGUGAGGGUGAGGAACACUCAGUAGUCCCACAGAGACAUUCUGAAUCCUGUCACUGUCCUUGUCAUGAUCAGGCAGGACAUCAACAGAGAGAGUCUGUGCAUGGCCAACGGGGCAGACCUCAAGGGCCCUCUCAGGACAGCAGUAGACAGCCUCAGGCCGGCCAGGGACAGCCCUUACAGUCUGGCUCUGGCAGAUCUCCAAGGAGAUCACCAGUCCACCCUGAGUCCAGUGAGGGUGAGGAACACUCAGUAGUCCCACAGAGACAUUCUGGAUCCGGUCACGGUCACGGUCAGGGUCAGGGUCAGGCAGGACAUCAACAGAGAGAGUCUGUGCAUGGCCAACGGGGCAGACCUCAAGGGCCCUCUCAGGACAGCAGUAGACAGCCUCAGGCCGGCCAGGGACAGCCCUCACAGUCUGGCUCUGGCAGAUCUCCAAGGAGAUCACCAGUCCACCCUGAGUCCAGUGAGGGUGAGGAACACUCAGUAGUCCCACAGAGACAUUCUGGAUCCGGUCACGGUCACGGUCAAGGUCAGGGUCAGGCAGGACAUCAACAGAGAGGGUCUGUGCAUGGCCAACUGGUCAGACCUCAAGGGCCCUCUCAGGACAGCAGUAGUCAGCCUCAGGACAGCCAGGGACAGCCCUCACAGUCUGGCUCUGGCAGAUCUCCAAGGAGAUCACCAGUCCACCCUGAGUCCAGUGAGGGUGAGGAACACUCAGUAGUCCCACAGAGACAUUCUGAAUCCUGUCACUGUCCUUGUCAUGAUCAGGCAGGACAUCAACAGAGAGAGUCUGUGCAUGGCCAACGGGGCAGACCUCAAGGGCCCUCUCUGGACAGCAGUAGACAGCCUCAGGCCGGCCAGGGACAGCCCUCACAGUCUGGCUCUGGCAGAUCGCCAAGGAGAUCACCAGUCCACCCUGAGUCCAGUGAGGGUGAGGAACACUCAGUAGUCCCACAGAGACAUUCUGGAUCCGGUCAUGGUCACGGUCACGGUCAGGGUCAGGGUCAGGCAGGACACCAACAGAGAGAGUCUGUGCAUGGCCAACGGGGCAGACCUCAAGGGCCCUCUCAGGACAGCAGUAGACAGCCUCAGGCCGGCCAGGGACAGCCCUCACAGUCUAGCUCUGGCAGAUCUCCAAGGAGAUCACCAGUCCACCCUGAGUCCAGUGAGGGUGAGGAACACUCAGUAGUCCCACAGAGACAUUCUGGAUCCGGUCAUGGUCACGGUCACGGUCAGGGUCAGGGUCAGGCAGGACACCAACAGAGAGAGUCUGUGCAUGUCCAACGGGGCAGACCUCAAGGGCCCUCUCAGGACAGCAGUAGACAGCCUCAGGCCGGCCAGGGACAGCCCUCACAGUCUGGCUCUGGCAGAUCUCCAGGGAGAUCACCAGUCUACCCUGAGUCCAGUGAGGGUGAGGAACACUCAGUAGUCCCACAGAGACAUUCUGGAUCCCGUCACGGUCACGGUCAGGGUCAGGCAGGACACCAACAGAGAGAGUCUGUGCAUGGCCAACGGGGCAGACCUCAAGGGCCCUCUCAGGACAGCAGUAGACAUCCUCAGGCCGGCCAGGGACAGCCCUCACAGUCUGGCUCUGGCAGAUCUCCAAGGAGAUCACCAGUCCACCCUGAGUCCAGUGAGGGUGAGGAACACUCAGUAGUCCCACAGAGACAUUCUGGAUCCGGUCACGGUCACGGUCAAGGUCAGGGUCAGGCAGGACAUCAACAGAGAGGGUCUGUGCAUGGCCAACUGGUCAGACCUCAAGGGCCCUCUCAGGACAGCAGUAGUCAGCCUCAGGACAGCCAGGGACAGCCCUCACAGUCUGGCUCUGGCAGAUCUCCAAGGAGAUCACCAGUCCACCCUGAGUCCAGUGAGGGUGAGGAACACUCAGUAGUCCCACAGAGACAUUCUGAAUCCUGUCACUGUCCUUGUCAUGAUCAGGCAGGACAUCAACAGAGAGAGUCUGUGCAUGGCCAACGGGGCAGACCUCAAGGGCCCUCUCAGGACAGCAGUAGACAGCCUCAGGCCGGCCAGGGACAGCCCUUACAGUCUGGCUCUGGCAGAUCUCCAAGGAGAUCACCAGUCCACCCUGAGUCCAGUGAGGGUGAGGAACACUCAGUAGUCCCACAGAGACAUUCUGGAUCCGGUCACGGUCACGGUCAGGGUCAGGGUCAGGCAGGACAUCAACAGAGAGAGUCUGUGCAUGGCCAACGGGGCAGACCUCAAGGGCCCUCUCAGGACAGCAGUAGACAGCCUCAGGCCGGCCAGGGACAGCCCUCACAGUCUGGCUCUGGCAGAUCUCCAAGGAGAUCACCAGUCCACCCUGAGUCCAGUGAGGGUGAGGAACACUCAGUAGUCCCACAGAGACAUUCUGGAUCCGGUCACGGUCACGGUCAGGGUCAGGGUCAGGCAGGACAUCAACAGAGAGAGUCUGUGCAUGGCCAACGGGGCAGACCUCAAGGGCCCUCUCAGGACAGCAGUAGACAGCCUCAGGCCGGCCAGGGACAGCCCUCACAGUCUAGCUCUGGCAGAUCUCCAAGGAGAUCACCAGUCCACCCUGAGUCCAGUGAGGGUGAGGAACACUCAGUAGUCCCACAGAGACAUUCUGGAUCCGGUCACGGUCACGGUCAGGGUCAGGGUCAGGCAGGACAUCAACAGAGAGAGUCUUUGCAUGGCCAACGGGGCAGAUCCCAAAGUCCUUUUCAUCCAUCACAUAGUAUCCAUUGGCAAUCAAAGUGUACCAUAAGCAAAAAAUCUAGUAGACUUUCUGGCCAUUAUGGAAGAAAUCAUUUUCAAUCAACCAUUAGUGGUAACCAAUAUGAUUCCAGUCAAUCCUCGAGACAUGGCAGCUAUGGGCCUCAAGACUAUGACUAUGGUCAGUCUGGGUAUGGACCUUCUGGAAGGUUGAGAAGUAACAGCCAGAGUUCUAUUCCUUUCAGUUCUGCACAUAGAGCAACAAAUAUGGAAGUCUUACCUUGUGGACAGUCUUUCUCUCCUUCUGAUCAUGUAGGUACCAAAGCAAAUGAACAAAUUGGAGAGCUAGUUUUUAAAUACAGAGAGUCAGAAACAGGUCCUGACCAGUCAGUUGAUUAUUACAAUCUUACUGAGUCCAAUAGUACAACUAGAGGGCAUGAGUGUAGUCAUGGCCAUUCUGUAGUAGUACCUGAACAUUCAGAUGACAGUGAUUUCAAUUAUGGUCACAGUUAUAAUGGUAAACAACAAAUUUGUCAGAGCCAGCCAACUGUCCAGUCUUGUUUUGAUGAUAGCCAAUACAUAUUAUUUCAGAAACAUUUAGAAUCCCCUUCAUUUGGAAAUCAGUCUGGAUUCAGCCCUAAUGAAAGGCAAUUAUAUACCUGUAACGAAUCAAUCGAUAGCUAUCAUCUGUCAAGUGAUAGCAACAAUAGAAAUCAAAUAUAUUCUUCCAAUAACUCUUUUCCCAACCUAUACUGCAUUGGAACUGAACAGUGUAUAUAUUUACCAAGUGCAACCAUAUUGGGUGAGGGAACAGAAGGACAGGAGCCUGGAUAUACCCAACCAGGGACCAUCUGUAAAUAUAAUCAAUUUUUAGAUGGCAGGAAGAGUAGAACCAGAGGUAACCAUGAAACGGGGAAAAUGAAGUCAGGUUCUGCCUACUUAGAUAGCAAUACUCCGCUAUAUACAUAUGUCCAAGAACAGAAAUCCUACUACUUUGAAUGAAAAGCCAGUAUAAUAUAUAAUAAAUGAUAAGUACUAAACCCAAGGAGUAAGGAGAUGCUUAGUAAGACAAAACAUUUACCAUGACUCCUUAUUUUGGCAGUAGGUGGUAUAUUUCAUUUUAACUGUAUUAAUAUUUUAAUGUUUGGUGCAAGAUCUGUUUGUAGGUCUACAUAGUUAUUUAGCUUCUUGGAUAGAAGAAACUAAAUGAAAAAAGUAAAAUAUAUUUGAGCCAUAGUCAGAAAUAUAUGAUUAAAAUAUAUAUGAUUUUGGUGUUUGGGAUUUAAAAAUCAACAUUUUACAAUUAUUUGAGGCAAUCAUUUGGUUUUUCUAUAUGCUGUAUUAAUUUAUGGUUAAAAACCUAUCCAAGAAGCAAGGGACAUACUUUUAGAAGUCAGAGUUUUUCUUGUAGUAUUAUAAUAAAUUUCAUGUCCUAAACAAAAAAUUUGAUUGUUUCCUGGUUGGGGAUUCACAAUAUUUUCAUCUUUUGUGUCACUUGUGGUAUUCUGUAUUACUAUUUAAUUUACUGUCAUGAUUUCCUAGAUAGAGGAAUCAGAAAAUUGUAUCAGAUUAAAAUUGCCAAUAAAUGUUUCAUCUGAAUAUA